UUUAAUUUAAAAUUUUAAUAGACCAGCUUUAAAUAUAUAUUUUUUUGGCCUAAAAAAAUAUGGCAAAAGAUUCAUCAUUGUGGUUCCAAUAAGUUAUGAAAGCAGCAGAUAACAUCUGUUCAGCAGAAAAGAGAAAACAAGAAAUUUGCCAAAGUCCUGAAGAAAUUAGACAUUUAUUAAAUAAAAAUAUUGCAGGUUUGAGCAAAAGUAUCACUGUAUCAACAAAAGAGAAAUCUACUCAGCAACCAUAUUAUUUUUCAAGAGGCUCUCCUAAAUUACCAAGUGUAGCUUCUCAAGAUUCUAAUAACCCUGAUAGGGAACCUUAUUCAAGGCUUCCAUUACACCAAAUCCCAAAUAAAAUCAAUCAAGAAGUCUUACUGAAUUGGCAAGACUCACACACAGUUUCUAAAACCGAGUUUAAUUUGAUAUCAGACAAUAUCACGCCCAACUUGGGUAUAAACCAGUUAAGCAAUCCAGUUUCAUCAACGGGAAAAGAUAUGGCAGAAGGGACACCAAAAGCAGCACCAGAACAGUUAAGAGUUUCAGAAUCACGGAUUUUAUAUACACUUAAUAUGAUUCGUGAACCUGUUGUGGAGUACCAAGAAGCUAGAGGAAUACCGCGAACAGAGGACAUAACUUUUGUUACUCUUGUGACAUCUUUGUGUUCCCAGUCAUACACAGCUGCCAUAACAAUUCUAGUAAUGUUGUGGAAUUUGAUGCCUCUGGUUGAUGGUUUUGUUUACUUCAUAAGGUUUUUGCUGGACAAGUUGAUCGAUAUUUUGCAAACUCAAGAUACAAAGGAUAGAGCCAUUAAGACUGCAAUUUUCGUAGGUGAAUUGACAGUGAUUAUGUUUUUGAUUUUUAUGAUUGUGGGCCUCAUUUUUAUGCCGGUCUAUGUGUUGAUGGUAAGACUAUUUAGUAAAGUCUUUUCCAUGGUGGUAUGGUAGAAAAAAAAAUACAUAAAUAUAUCUUGAA